AUGGCGCUUACUGAGGACGAUUGUGGGGUUAGGCCAAGGCGACCAACCCUCACACCUUCGCUAACUGAGGAACAUCUAGGGAUUUUGAUACCUAGAUGUUCCCGCAGUUUUAAGGAGAAGGAAGCGGGAGAUAUCCCUGAUUUUUGGCCAGAUAGGCCAAACUUAUGGUUUAUUUCGCUGGAAGCCCAACUCCAUUCGUGUAACAUAACAUUGGACUGUUCGCGUUAUUAUACGUUAAUCAGCCGCCUGACUAAAGAUACGCUUGCUGUGGUAGAGAGCGUAAUAAAAAACACUCCAGCUACUGGCAAGUUUGACAAAAUCAAAUUAGUGCUUUUGGGGCAUUGCGCAGUGUCACAGGAAGAUAAGUUUUGGAGGUUGACGUCGGGCUUGGAAUUAGGCAGCAAAAAGCCAUCAACACUGCUAGUGGAAAUGUCUGCGCUAGCUGGUGAUAAGUUAGACCCUGAAUAUGUGAGAACGCUAUGGUUGGACCGGUUACCCAGGGAGAUGCAGCUGGCAUUGGCAGCUGCAGGUGCGUUGGAUAAUGAGCAUUUGGGCAAGCUAGCUGAUAGCAUAGUAACGAUUCGUCAUCACAUCACUGGACAGGCCAUCGCAGCAGUUGACAGGCAUCAGACUGCAAGCAGUGAUCAGGGUGACCGAGUGGAUGAGUUAGCAAGACAGGUUAGUGAGCUGACCCGUUUAAUGCACCAGCAAUUAAGGUUCAGAGGACGUUCGCCUAUAAGAGGAGAGUCUACCAUUGGAAAGCGGAAAAAAUCCAACGAUCGUGGCAUGGAAAGAAAUGCCAGAGCUAGCGGAAUGUGCUUUUAUUAUGCUCGGUUUAAGUCUAGGGCAGCCAAGUGCAUCACUCCCUGUGCGUGGAAGAGUAACCAGAAGUAUCAUCCAACGUGACGGCAAGUUUGGAUGGUACCACCGAAUUCUGCUGUCUUUUCAUUGUGGAUAAGAAUACAGGUACUCGUUUUUUGAUUGACACUGGCGCAGAGGUGUCAGUUCUGCCUGCAAGUUAUCUGGACAGGAAGUAUCCAUCAAAAUUGGUCCUGUUUGCUGCAAAUGGAGGCAAAAUCCAAACUUAUGGAAGACGUAACCUAGUUCUCAAUCUUGGUCUACGAAGACCCAUUCGAGGACACUUCCAUGUGGCCGAUGUUCCAUAUGCUAUCAUCGGAGUGGAUAUUCUGGCAGAACAUAACCUCAGCAUAAACAUCAGGAAUAGGAACAUCUACGACAAAAUCUCUGGGCUCAAAGCACCUGCUGAGUACAGAGUGGCAACAUUUACCGGCGUUUCCGUAGUGAAUCAGGGAAGUAAAUACUUGUCGUUACUUAACGAGUUCCCGCGCGUUCUAGGAAAAGCACAGUUCUGUACGGUGAAACAUCCUGUCCGUCACCAUAUAAUUACUGUUGGGCUGUUACGUCCCACCUUAUCUGUGACUCUUUCUUGGGAUCUUCGUCUUCAAUUAAAGAGCUAAAGCUCACCUUAACUGUAUUCUCUAACGGAAAAGAGCAAUUCGGGAUUGCAAUGAUUGUUUUCAAGGUUUAGCAUAUAAAUAUGUAUUGUUACAAAAUAACGAGUUUAUAUUACAAUAUCGGUUUUGGGAAAUCAAGUAUACAAUUAUGUAGGUACGUUACCGCUUGUCGGUCUUACAGUUUGGUUGUACCAGCUAUCUGUUGUGGGCUGUGCUGUUGCAAGGAUCUGUUUGUCGGCAACUAUCACUCGCGACACGGGUCUCUACUAAUUAACAACGGACUUUCCUCGGUAACGACGCGGCGCGCGUACGAUUACUCUAUCCGUGACUACAAUAAUUUAGUAUUUGACAACCAAAGUGCGACGCUGAGUGCGUGUUCGAUUGACGAUAAAGGUUCGAUGUGAU